CUUGUCCUUGAAAUGGCGUCCCCUUGGCUGGUAGGUAUACGUCCUAAAAGGAUCUCCGCGCUUCUAGGAGUGGUCCUCAUUCUUUUUACAAUCUGGGCAUACACAUGGUAUUCGUUUGAUUUGAAGCUCUUGGAAGUCAAAAUCCCAUCAAAAGGUGGAGACACCAAAAUUGAAGACAUGCAAGACGAUAAAGGGGUUCUCUUUUCAUUGGUACGAAAUGAAGAACUUGAUGGCAUGCUUCUGUCAAUAGGAUACGUUCAAAAAAGAUAUAAUAAUCAAUUCCAUUCAGAUUGGGUAUUUGCCAAUGAUAAACCCUUCACUGAAGAGUUCAAGCAAAAGGUCACAAAGACCUUCACAUCGGGUAGGGCCAUAUUUGUGCGUAUUCCAGUGGAAUAUUGGUCAUAUCCUGAGCAUAUUGACUUGGAUAGGGCCGCUGAAUCUCGAACCCUUGCCCAAAGUAAAGGCAUGGCAUAUGGGGGCUCGGAAGAGUACAGACACAUGUGUAGAUUCAACUCUGGGUUCUUCUACAAAUUGGAAGCCUUGAAACCAUACCGAUACUAUUGGAGAAUAGAACCAAAUGUCAAGUUUGUAUGCAACUUCAAGGAAGAUCCCUUUGAAGUAAUGAAAAAUAACAGUUUUAUUUAUGGAUGGACCAUGACCAUGGGAGAAUUUGCAGAUACUGUACCUACUCUUUGGGACACUACUCAAACUUUUUUGAAGAAAAAUAAUGGGUUGAUCUCAAAGAAAAACAUGUACAACUUUGUGACCGAUGAUAAUGGAGAUACAUACAACCUUUGUCAUUAUUGGUCAAAUUUUGAGAUUGGGGAUUUGGAAUUCUAUCGGUCAAAAGAUUCUCCAUAUGAGAAAUAUUUCCAAUAUUUGGACAAAGCAGGUGGCUUUUUCUAUGAACGUUGGGGCGAUGCACCGGUGCAUAGUAUCGCAAUGUCUUUAUUUGUUCCUUCGGACAAAAUAUAUCAUUUUGCAAACACUGGCUACUAUCACAAGCCAAAUCAAGGGUGUCCAGUAGACGAAUUUGUAAGACAGGAUCUUCAAUGUGACUGUAACCCUAGGAAGGAUUUCACGUUUCAUAAGUUCAGUUGUACCAGGAAAUAUUAUAAGGUGAAAGGGCUUGAAUUUCCAGGACCAGCUGAGGAUUAAUCGGAUUGAAUAAAAAACUUUAAAUUCAUUAGAGUGAAGAUAUCUACACGAAUUGUAAGAGAACAAGAUUCUCUUAAGCACGAGAUGAAUGCAUUUUCCAGAAAAAU